AAAGAAGAAGAAGCUAUUUCCGUGUUACGUCUCAGUGAAAACCUGAAAGCAAGAUGGAUUAUUGGAAUGAACCCAAGGUGUUAUAUGAGGUUUUUUAAAUAAACAGGCUUAUUCUUGAAGCUGAUGUGAAAUGGCAGGGGUGUUUCUAGCCACACUCUACGAGUACUCUCCGCUCUUUUAUAUUAGUGUGGUGUCGCUUUGUUUCGUUGUAACCGCUGCUAUGGUCCUCGGCUGGUUUGGCUUUGACGUUCCAGUUAUACUUCGCAGCUAUGAUGAGCAAGAGCCCAGCUUACCAGCCGCUGAGAAACAGAUGGUUCAGGUGACCAAUCCCUUCGCCCUGGAGUUGGGUUCUGGAUCAGCAAGUGUUACCGACGGUGUGCUGGUGAGACCUUGUUGUCUGGAGUCCUGUGUCCUGAGCUGUUUCUGGGGCUGUGAGGUCAGUACCCUACAAGGAGUGCUACAUGCCCACCAGCAUGGCAUGAUGCUCAGCACCCACCAGCAUUUCCAGGAAGCCCUGAACCUCCACUACUAUUAUUGCCAGAAAUUCCAUAUCAGCAGUGAAGAUAGAGCGGAGCGGCACGCACAGAUCCCCGCUGAUCAGGGCAUCACUGAUUUUGGACCACUACCAAGACAGCGCUACCCUCUCGUGGCUGUGCUGACCCUGGAAGAGGCACAAGAAAGACACGUGAACGACAUUGUGGCUAGUGUUAUAGUUAUUCAUGUUCCUGAUGACAAAUACAAGCUUUCUGCACGGAUUCUCUUCCAGUACCUCCUCACCUCACAAGGGAGCAUGUACGAGUUAAAGCCUCUUUUCAUGUCUGCUGACAGCGGGGGGAUGUCUGGGUCUGCUGAUUCGGGGCACACUUUCACACCCAGUGACACUCAGAGCGAGGAUCAGAUCCCAGUGAUGGAGGAGGAGGACUGGUCAGAGGGGACGGAGGGCAGAGACUGUGUGGUGUGUCAGAAUGCAGCAGUGAACAGGGUGCUGCUGCCCUGCAGACACGCCUGCAUGUGUGACAGCUGCGUGUCCUUUUUCCAGCACUGCCCCAUCUGUAGAGCCUUUGUCCAGGAGUCGUUUGCACUGACACAGAGCAAUGACUGUCAGUGAACUGGUGAACAUGAUAGAAGAGAUGACUACAAGGAUCUGUCGCCUGUGUGACAGGUGUUUUGGUUAGCAGCAGAUCAGACCUGUCUGUGCUCCUUUAAGGUCUGGUGGCUUUCUUUAAAACAUUCUCCAGGACUUUACAGUGUUACCCAACUUCUGCAGUGCUUCAGCUAGCCUCUGGGAUAGUUUCCUUUCUACGAGAGUGACACUGCCUCCACCAUACAUGGAAGGAUGUUCUCGGGUUGUUCUGCAGUACUUUUGUUACACUAAACAGUUCCUUAUGUUCACUCAGUUCUUCAGCAAACAGGAGUGUUCACAGUAAUAUUGUGAUGUUUUCUGCCUCCUCUUGCUGAAAGUGGCAUCACUGUGACCGCUUAUGUUGUGGUUGUUACUCACAAAAGUAAUGGAUUAGAUAUUACUUGAUAAUCUUCCUAAAAGUAAUACAUUAUAUUACCUAUAUUCACCACUUUUGUGUUACUCCAUAAUUGUCUUAUAGUUACCAGUUAAUAAUUUAAAACUACAGUUCUGCACAACAUGCAUACAAGCUGUGUUGUACUUUUGACAUAUGAACAGAAAAACAGCCCAGAGUGAUGGCCGGGGUGAUUCUAUGGUAGAAACAGGUGGAAGUGGAAGCUACAAGGUUAUUGUUGGCUUUGUUUUUCUUGUCCUUUAAUUCAAUAAAAAGAUUGUCCAGACCUGCA